ACAAGCUCCCUCCUUUGAUUUCCUCCACAGAUCACCAGCCACAGGAGAGAGCAGCUGCCUCAGGCCUGUUAACACUUUUCAACAGGUUCGCUAGUCUGAGGCAUUACACAGAGAUUAAAGAGAAAAUAUGUUUCUACAGUCUAGUUCCUGAUGCUUGGAAUAAGGGACUUUCUUGGCUACUGUGUGGAUUAUCACUGAGUCCAGACAACAGAAAUGGAUGUGACCAAGGGGCCACUAAUUCCUGUCUUCCUGCUCAUCUGUAUUAACUGUGUGACAGGACAGGUCGUCCCUCAGCCUACAGAACUGGAGGUGAAUAUUAUGGAUGGGGAGGUAAUAGUACUUUGGAAACCUCCUGCGGACGUUCCCUCAAACGCCAAGUACAAUGUACAAAUGGCAAGGUACAGUGGUGAAUGGGAGGUGGUGGACAGCUGCACGGGGAUCGAAAAUACCUACUGUGAAUUAAGCAGACUCAUAGAGGACUUUCAGAGUGGCUACAAAGUCAGAGUUCAGCUGGUUGACGGAGAUAACGUGUCUGAGUGGACAAGAAAGAAAUUUCUCCCGAAUGAAAGCGGACUGACGCCUCCCUCCUUCACGUUGUGGGCUACAGCCAGCUCUCUAACAGUUCGUGUGCACGAAAAACCUAUUCUGAGAAAACUCUUUCCUUAUGGACUCAUCUACACCAUCUACCUGGAGGAGCGAGGACAAGACAAAAAGAAUACCACAUUAGUAUUGCCGGGAGAUGUCAUGGAGGAGGAUCAGAGGACUAAGACUUUCAGUUCUCUCCGCUAUGGGACAGAGUACUGUGUCAGCAUCAUGAUGGAGGGCAGUGGCUCGCUCUCUGCCAGCAACCUGUCCCCUAAACAGUGUCUGAGGCUACCAGAGCAAGAAUGGAUCAUCAUUGCAUUGACGUCUCUCACUAUUCUGGGAGUUCUGGCCGUCAUGGCCAUUGCGGCAGCCAUCCUCCUUUGUUACCUGAAAAGUCCAGGGAAAACACCCGCUGUGUUGAAAUCCCCUGUAAGUGGCUGGCUUCCACUCUCUGUUGGCGAAGGGACGAUGGAGGUUGUGACAGACAAAGGAUGGUUCCUGUCCUCUUACAGAACAGAAGUGAAAAACUGUGUCACAAACCCUGUGACCCAUGUUACAGUAACAGAGGACAAUGAGGAGGAAGACAGGAGGACAAGCAUGGACAGUGGGGUCAGCGUGGAGUCCAACUCCGCUACGCACAGUGAGGGAAGUCCUCCAGUAAGACAAGAGGACAGCGGCUGUGGGAGCAUGGGAGGACCAGAGAGCUCCACUAGCAGUCAGACUGUUUACCCCCUGCAGGAAGACACAGCCAGGAAGAGGGAUGACAGCGGGGUUGGGCUGGGCUGCCAGCUUCAUUCUUCUUCUAUGAAUCUGGACGGGCAGGACAGUGUGUCCCUAAAGGAGGCGGUUGUCGGGGGUAACUACCGCACCCAGGGCCCCUCCUCCGUGCACAUUCACGUCUGCGACGAUGAAGAGCCGUUCAAACUCCCUGACUCUGUUUUGGCCGAAGUGGUCACAGGCUACAGGGCUGCAGUUCAAUCGUGCAUCUGCUCAGGAGCAGGUCAGUGCACCUGGUGCCACAAACAAGGCCUGUAUGGAAUAGGAGUUAUGAAACAUUACAGAUCUAUGUGCAUUGACAAUGGACUAGUGAGCGGCACAUGUGAUUUUGUGGACUCUUAUAAAGGAAUUACAUAUUCAAGUUACGCUAAAAAAGCACAAAUGGACGCCGUCACGAUGGCUGCCUUAGACACAACUUUCAUACAGCUGGGGGACACUUUCCCUCUGCUAACAGCCUUAACACCGCUGCCUCUAGAGGACGGAGGUCAGGACUUCAACAUGAACAACGUGACUCUCUCUCUCUGUGACGUACAGCUUACAACAGACUGUGGGAUGUAGCAACGCUAUUUAUAAAUGGAUGCUGACAUAACCAGAUGUGAGCUCUUUUCCAAAGAGCUAAACUGGAGAUACACAGUCCCUUUUUUCCCACAUGACACACUAUCUGACAUAUGCAAUGGAGGCAUGACUUAGUAUUUGGGGAAAAGAAAUGCGAAGGGAAGAAAGGGGGAAAGCAGAGUGUGCCAAAGGUUGUUUUUUUAAGCACAGGAAGGAAGCAGAGGUUAGACCGCACAUCUGCUGAAUGGCGGCAGUUUAGAGUUUCGGGAGCCUCUAGAGCCGAAGAAACACGACGUCAAAGACCUCACCCGACCUUGUCUCACUGGGUGUACUUACGCCUCAACAAACGACAGCUUGCCGGAAGUGAAGCUGGUGAGGGGAGCCGUGCAGAGAAACAGUUUGGCGGUCACGUGCGUUUGGAUCACACCUCUUGUUGUUAAUUCACCUCUUCAAGUUUAGUUGUUGUGUGUUUUGUCACGUUCUGAAUGUUCAAUAAAGUAAACCCGAGAGACACUUUCAA